AUGGAUCUUUCUUCACAGGUUUUCCUUGAUCUUGUGGAUUCAGUGAUUGCUGAUGUAGCAUCUGAGUGCCACCGUAUAGCACGAUUAGGGCUUGACCGAGAUUUGGAGGUAGUAGAAGAAGAGCUGAGGUUGUCAGUGGAAGCGCGUGCUAAGGUCGCUGAUCCUAGCAACAAUCUCGAAACCAACACCAAAUAUGUUGUUGAUAUAUUUGGUCAGACUCACCCUCCCAUAGCUAGCGAAGUGUUCAACUGCAUGAACUGUGGGCGACAAGUCGUUGCAGGAAGGUUUGCUCCUCAUCUAGAAAGAUGCAUGGGGAAGGGAAGAAAGGCUCGUACCAAUGCAACAACAACAACCAGGAGCUCAACGGCUGCACAGAACCGGAACCCACGACGCAGCUCAAAUCAGCGAUAUUCUCCUCAUCCAAAUUCUGGUAGCGAGAACCAGUUAGCAAGUGGAUCACCUGGUGUUGCAAGUGAGGACUGCUCAAAUGGCACAGUUCGAGGGAACGGGAAAGGAGAUUGA